AUCAAGCCAUUAAAGAUAGUUACUGUUUUUCACAGGCGAAACCCAAAGGGUACACCUUAAAGUUGGAGGUCGGUGCUUAAACCCUGCUUUAGAGCUCCAUUUUGGAAAAAAUAAGUUUUGGGUUUUCAAGUAUGAGAGAAAUCGUCACUCUUCAAGUUGGAGGUUUCGCAAACUUUGUGGGCUCCCAUUUCUGGAACUUUCAGGAUGAAUUGCUUGGGUUGGCUUUGGACCCUCAUGCUGAUCAAGUCUUCCGUAAUCAGCAUUUAAACAUGGAUGUGCUGUACCGUACUGGUGAGACACAUGAGGGCACUGUUUCUUAUACUCCUCGCUUGGUUUCAGUUGAUUUUCAAGGAUCCCUUGGAUCUAUGAGUUCGCGUGGAACAUUGUACAGCGAAAAUUCACAUGUAGAAUCAAAUGUUUUAACAUGGGAUGGUAAUGUUUCUACGCAUGCUUUUGAACCUCAUAAGAAGAAUUUGUUUUUACAACGUUUGUACGAGGAAGAACAUGGAAAUUCAACUCUCACAAAUAAUGUCAAUGAUGGGAAUAAUAGUUUUCAAGAGAUUCAUGAUAAUGAUGUCAUUGAAAGUUUACAAAGUGAUGUACAAUUUUGGACAGACUUUUCAAAAGUUCACUAUCAUCCCCAGAGUUUGUAUGAAUUAACUGGAUUAGGGAUGGAUGCACAAGAAUUUGAUAAUUAUGGGGCUGGAAGAGAUGCUUUCACUGAGGGUUUAAGAGGAGAAGAAAUUGGCGACAGGCUUCGUUUUUUUGUGGAGGAGUGUGACCAUAUUCAGGGUUUUCAAUUCAUUGUGGAUGAUUCAGGAGGUUUCUCUGCUGUAGCUGCAGAUUUCUUGGAGAACAUUGCAGAUGACUACACAAACACUCCAGUAUUGUUAUAUGCUGUUCACGGCGCUGGUUCUCACGUGAACCCCAGAAGCCGGAAGCAGACUGUCUCUAGGGAUCUUCAUGAUGCAGUUUCAUUUUCAAGGCUCUCUCCAUUCUGUAAACUGAUUAUACCUAUUGGCUUACCUUCUUUGAGUACAAGUAAAGCUGCAAUGUACCUCAACAUCAAAGAUGAAAUGCCUUACCAUUCAAGCGCAGUUUAUGCAGCCGCACUACACAGCAUUAGCCUCCCAUUUCGAAUGGAACAAGGUGGGCCUACUGCGGAUCCACGUGAUAUUUCAGGUUCCAUGAAUGUUAAUGAGCUUGUACAGAUGCUAACAGCUCAAGCCAGGGAGAAUAUGGUGACUAUCAUGGAUGUUGCAAUGCCAGCUCCUUCCUUGACUGGGACACAAUUCAAUCAGACUUUGUUAGGUAGUUUGCAGUCAUUGACACCAGAGAUAACCAAGGAUGCGGAAGACUUACAGGCAGUAGAAUCAAUUACUGCCCAUGGAACUUUUAGUUCAGGACUUAAACGGGCUUCAGUUCCUGAAGCAAAAGAUAUGGUUGAAGCUUCUUAUAAACAAGCAACAUCAAGGCCCAUGUUUUGCCAUCUCUCUGUGGCUCAAUGCCCUCUUCCAAUUCCAUUGCCCUUUCCUUCGAUCUUUGGCAACCUCGUUGGGCAACAAGGCGAGCUUCUGGGCAGCCCGAUCACCGGUUACUCAUCGAGAGGUUCUCUUGAUGUUCACUCCAUCCCCAUGGCAGCUAGAUUACGUUCAAGCAGUGCUGUGUUGCCAUAUUUGGAGAAUAGGUUGGGGAAACUUCGUCGAUAUGGAAUUGAGAGAGGAGCACCUGGGGCCCAGCUGCUCAGAAGUUGGGGCUUUGGACAGGAGGAGUUAGAAGACAUGGGGGAGGUGCUAUCAAAAAUGGUGGUGACAUUAAAUCCUGAAUCUUUAAUAUCCUCGGAUUCAGAUUGAUGGUUGUAAAAAUUCUAAACUUCUCUUACCUUUUUGUUUUUUCUUUUUACUUCGACAUAUGGGAUUUUUUUCCUUCACAUUUACUUCUACACGAAUCUAUAUAAAAGAUGACCUUUAUUUGUUCAA